CUUUAUUAUAGAUCAUCUUCUAAGAUAGAGAGAAAUUUCAAGUAAUAAAAAGGUUGUAUAAGAGUUUCAAAAUUAUAGAAAAUAAUUAUCAAGAAAGAAUUGAGAAAUUAGCUUUUCAUGUGAUGUGAAACACCUGCUGGAAGUUGUUAACCUCUCUAUUCAAGUGUUGCCAAAGCUAUCCAGUGUACUACAUGUUGUGAGAGAUAUGUACAGGUAGUGUUGAUGGACACACCAAGGCCAACCGGUGAUCGGGUACCUUUGGGAGACCUUACAAAUACAACGCAUGAAGGGAAUCAUACCCGACUCGAGUUGGUGCGACUAGAUGGGGAUGCUAAUGGGCAGAAGAGGCUGAGGGAGAGAGAACUAUAUGCAACAACAUCUGAUGAAAAUAGUAGUGGAAAAAAUAAGAGACUCCGUGAGUGGGGUACAACAGAUAAAAUGAGUGAAAAUAGUGACCGGCUCCAUGUGCACUCAGCCUAUAAUAAUGGUGCUGAGCAACUAUCAGAUGGGAAUACAAUAAAUGAAAGCGAUGAAAAUAGUGACUGGCUCCAUAGGCAGUCAUCCUAUUGUAACAGCUUGCAACAAUUAUCAGACGGUUCGGUACCUUUAAGCACGAUUGGUGGCAUUGGUGACGUGCAUAACAUUGACACUGAGGAAGGUCUCGGCAACCGGCUUGUCACGUGUUCAAAAGAGCAUAAGCGUGAUUAUGACAGAGCACGAAAUGCCGCAAUGUCUCCUGAACAAAGGGCGCUAUUGAAUAAAAGACGACGUGAAUUGUAUGCAACCAAAAAAGCACCAAAAAAGUCUACAAGGAUGCUACAAAUGACUCCAAAUGAGACUACCCAGUCAACAAGUGGUCCUAUCCCUUUAACCAUUGGAGUUCCUGGUGAUAUUGACGACCAUUUAACACAGACAGAUAUCGACACUAUUCAUGAAAUGGGUACGCCUUUAUAGAAUCAUGAUUUUGUUUUUAAUUACAAAAGAAGUUUGAACAUAAGAGUAGCUGACA